AGUAGGAUAAUUAGAAUGAACUUACUCUGCAACCCGACAGGUAAGGUGGAUGCAUUCCGUGCCAUGGAUUGGCUAGUAGAAAGAAACAACCUGUACACAAAGGUUGAAUUUGCAGAAUCUGGGCCGAAUCAUACUAUUGAUCACAUUAUAAAAGAAUCUCCUCUAAUUAAAGUUUACCGAUACUGCCACACAGUAAUUGAGAAUGUGUUCUACCUUCAGCACUGCACAAUCUGA